AUGGCUCUUCCAUCACAUCUGCACGCCGAACAUCUCGGAUCAGGAGCUCCUUCAGGAGCCCAAACCCCAUCCCUUACCCAUCUCAAGCGCAAUCGUGAGUAUCACUAUCCAUUUGGGCCCAUGUGGAUCCUGGAAGUAGUGGCCAUCGAAGCUUUCUCCGCAUUUGUCAUGUGGAGACCAUUACGCCCACUUCAAGCAUUAAAGCAAGGGACCGACGAUGGUGGUAUCGACACUCCAGGACACGGCCAUCACUUUGCCAACAAGGGCGUCGACCCUGCCGAACUCAGCGGAACAUUGAAGAAGCACAUUGCAAAGGGUGCCCACGAGGGCGAAAGGAAGCUCAAUGACUUCAGUGCUGAUCCUACGGAGAGACUAAACCCUCAUUUUGCCAAAGCCUUUUUGAAAGAGGUGGACUUGGACGAGGACGCCCCAGUUGUUCCCGAGAACACGCCAGCUCACGCUGCCGAAGAGACGAAAUCUUAG